AACUGGGUUUCCUUUCCAGUCUUUAAUGGCCUAUAAGCCCAAAUAGCCUGCUCAGUUGCUUGUUCGUUUCACUGGUCAAGCGCCAAUGGCUAAUGCAGCCUACCCUUCAUACCAUCUAGUUGUGUUUAUUGUUUUUCUUCUGAUUCCUCUUUCAAAUCAGCUACAAUCCUCUCAUGUUCAAACCCUUCUGAGAAUUCAGAAGCUUUUGAAUUUUCCGGAAGUUUUAAGCAGCUGGAAUGACAACACAGACUUCUGCAACACCGACCCAAGUUCGAAUCUAACUGUUGUUUGCUACGAAAAAAGUAUAACUCAGCUACAUAUAAUUGGAAGCAGGGGGACUCCAUCACUGCCACGGAAUUUCUCCAUUGAUUCUUUCAUCACCACACUUGUUAGGCUUCCAAGCUUAAAAGUCUUGUCGUUGGUAUCUCUUGGUUUAUGGGGUCCCUUAUCUGGUAAAAUCUCUCGUCUUUCUUCAUUGGAAAUACUAAACAUUAGUUCAAAUUUUUUCUCUGGUAAAAUUCCUCAAGAGAUUUCGUCUAUGGGGAAGCUUCAAACUCUCAUACUUGAUGACAACAUGUUCAGCAAUCAUGUUCCUGAUUGGUUGGGUGAACUUUCAGUUUUGUCUGUACUGAGUUUGAAGAACAAUUCUCUGAGUGGGCCUCUGCCGAAAUCAUUAGGAACAAUGGAAAAUCUUCGAGUACUUGCCCUCUCAAUGAAUCGGUUAUCUGGACCAGUUCCUGAUCUUAGCAGUUUGAUAAACCUUCAAGUGCUUGAUUUGGAAGACAAUUAUUUGGGACCUCAGUUUCCUAGUCUGGGAAGCAAGCUGGUUACACUUCUACUCAGAACGAACAGGUUUAGCUCUGGUAUUCCUUCUGAAGUAAGCUCCUUUUAUGAGCUUCAAUGGCUGGAUAUCUCUUUCAACAGAUUUAUGGGGCCAUUCCCACCUUGGUUGCUUUCUUUGCCUUCUAUUACUUAUCUGAAUGUCGCAGAAAACAAGUUCACUGGAUUGCUUUCCAUAAACAUGUCUUGCAAUGCCCAACUGACUUUUGUGGAUCUGUCAUCUAAUCUCUUAUCUGGGAGCUUGCCAAAUUGUCUGUUGAUGGAUUCCAAAAACAGGGUUGUUCUGUAUGCUAUGAACUGUUUGGCUACUGGAAAUCAAAAUCAGCAUCCAUAUUCAUUUUGUCGAAAUGAAGCUUUAGCUGUGGGAAUAUUACCUCGCAAACAAAAGAAGCCAAGGAGAGCUGCUAAAGCUAUUCUUGCAUUAGGUGUAGUGGGAGGGGUUUUGGGGGGAGCUUUACUUAUUGCUCUUCUUUUCUUGGCUUAUAGAAGGGUAAAAGCCAAGGUCACUAAAAUGCCUCCAACAAAAUUAAUGACAGUGAAUGCAUCACCUGGGUACACCUCAAAGCUGUUUUCUGAUGCAAGGUAUAUAUCUCAAACAAUGAAGCUGGGAGCACUUGGCCUUCCUGCUUAUCGAACUUUCUCUUUGGAGGAGCUCGAAGAGGCUACAGAUAAUUUUGAUUCAUCAACUUUCAUGGGUGAAGGUUCUCAUGGUCAGAUAUACAGAGGGAAGCUGAGUGAUAGUUCUAUUGUCGCUAUUAGAUGUUUGAAAUUGAAAAGAAGAUACAGCACUCAGCACUUUAUGCACCACAUUGAACUGAUUUCAAAACUCAGACAUCGGCAUUUGGUCAGUUCUCUCGGACACUGCUUUGAGUGUUACCUGGAUGAUUCAAGCGUCAGCAGAAUAUUUCUCGUAUUUGAAUAUGUAGCAAAUGGGACACUGAGAAGCCGCCUCUCUGAGGGUUUUGCAGGACAAAGACUCACAUGGACACAAAGGAUUGGAGCUGCAAUUGGAAUAGCAAAGGGGAUACAGUUCCUGCAUACAGGAAUUGUACCUGGCGUAUUUGCGAAUAAUUUGAGAAUAACAGAUGUUCUGCUGGAUCAGAACCUCGUUGCCAAAAUUAGCAGUUAUAACCUGCCUUUAUUAGCAGAGAAUAUGGGGAAGGAGCCAACAGGAGUUUCUCCUAGUAGAUCAAAAGAACUUAGUGUUGCUGAAAGCUCAAAACAUGGGGAUAAGGUUGAUAUUUAUGAUUUCGGGGUAAUCUUGUUGGAAAUCAUUGUGGGAAGAGCAAUCAUGUCCCAAGAAGAAGUGGAUGUUUUAAAAGAUCAGUUAAAUGCAAGCAUUAUGGCUGAUGAUGUGGAUCAAAGGAGCAUCAUUGAUCUAGAAGUCCGCAAGGCAUGCUUGUAUGAAUCAUUGAAGACGGUUAUUGAAAUCUGCAUCAGGUGUUUGUCCAAGGAACCAACUGAGAGACCUUCUGUUGAGGAUGUUCUAUGGAACAUGCAGUUUGCUGCUCAAGUUCAAGACUCAUGGAAGGGAGACUCUCAGAGCAGUGACGGCUCACCAGUUUCAUCUUCCCAACCUCCAGCCUGGGAGCUUGCUUUCCAAUAACAGCAACAGUGACAUUCUAAAAGCAUUUUGCUAGGUAUGGUCUGAAAUUGAUCAUUGUCAUCUCUCCACAAAGAGGGUUGGUUAGUUUGUGUAAAUGACAGAUCUAGAUAACCGUCUGGAAAGAGUUUUCCCUUAGAUCAAUGUCCUGAGCUAAGUUCUGUAUUAUAUAUACACAGAGAUGAAAAUACCCUGUAUGUAUCGUCAGUCCAGCACAAAUAUUUUCUCCA